CCACCUCUCCUCUCUCAUCCCCUCUUUGCUGUGUGUUGGAGAGGUCAGGAGGAUUCCUGAUCCAUUAUUAUGAUCAAUAAGGAGAUUUCCCCCCUCAGAGGAAUGGGGGGGCCGACACCUUGGAGGAGACGCUUCCUCUCCUCUGUUUUUAGAAUUUUAUUAAUCUGCCGAUUGUUUGCGAUUUCUGAUGCUGCGCUGCUGCCGGACUUCCCGGGUCCUUUUACUUGUUCGGACGAUGGGAUCCAGUUAUCAAAGCCAGACAGCAUUUCCCUGAGAUCCUGGAAGAGUCUUCAUAUUGUAGAUCCCAGUGGAGAUGGAGUAGAGGCUUGUGAUCUUCAUCCAGAUGAAAGAACUCUAACUAUCCCAGAUGCCUGCAUCCAAUAUGAAGCUGGAAGAAAGAUCACUUACAUUUCCUUUACCAAACCAUUGAAGAAUCUAGUUUACAAGAUUGCUUGCCAUGAUAACCAAGCAGACUCUGCUAAUGAGGACCAGUUUAGUGAUGGGCCAGUCAUUGAGUGUGGAAAGGACUUCAUGAGGGCAAACAUAUCACGGACUAUCCCUGACUUCAGUGAUCAGGGUGUUUCUGUUCCUCCGAUGGCCACAUGGAUGGUGGUGAUCUACAACGGAACCCAGAAAACAAAAGUGAACAUUUCAACAGCCGGAACUUAUGGAUACAAAUUAACAAGUGACAGUGAGAACUUUAUGAUCCAGAUCCGCUAUGACGCCUUUGGGAUUAAUAAAAUAUCUGCCAGAAAUCAAAGCCUUUAUGUUGGAGACAUGGACAUCGUUAUGGAAAAGCUUAACCCAAAAAUCACCAUUGCAGUAAAACUUCUUUGUGCUACAGGGCCUUUCCAGUGCAAUGACACCCAUAUGGACAUCUAUGUUCCUCAGUUUGAUGGUUAUCUACAGUUUGUUGACAUUAACCAUGUACUAAUUCCAAUACCAAGUGGUAAGGAUGAGCUCCAGAGGCAAGGCUUGAUUGUUGACACCAGCAGUGGAACCCAAAUAACAUUCGGGAAGGGGAAGCUAAAGACUGUUCAAAAAACUGUCUGCUUGCCACCUUUCACCCUGGUCUUUGCGGUGGAUGAUAUUAGCGUGCCAAUGAGGCUUACUGGACUGUGCUCUGACCCGUGCCGUCAACUGAAUCCCAUUUCUACAGGAUGCUCAGGAGAUGGCUUUAUGACCAUUCAGGUUGUGUCCCUGCUGACAAGACCUAGUCUGAACUUGGAUACGGUGAUUCUGGGGGACGGUCAGUGCCAGCCAAUAACGAAGACGGACCAGUUGGUCGUGUUCAGCUUCUCUCUGACAGAUUGCGGCACAAAAAUGAGCUUUGUAGGUGGGGUUCUCGUCUAUGAGAAUGAGGUCCAUGCCCUCUGGAGAGAUAAGCCUAGAAGAAUAAUCUCAAGAGACAGCGAAUUCAGAGAGACUGUUCGUUGCCGGUACAAUAUCUCAGACGUGGCUUCAUUUGCUGUGAAUGUGCUGACGCCGUCUCCUCUUCCAGUCUCUGAAAGAUAUGAUGGUUCAAUUUCCUUUGUCCUUAAUCUCUAUCAUGAUGACUCUUAUGCAGUACUGUAUAAGGAUAACCAGUAUCCAGUUGUGAAGACUCUUCAAGAUCCCAUCUACCUCGAGGUGCAGGUUCUGAAUCGCAGCGACCCGAACAUUGAGCUGAUACUGAAUGACUGCUGGGCAACCAUGUCUUCUGACCCCAACGCCUCUCCUCAAUGGAAGAUUGUAGUAGAUGGUUGCGCAGAAGACCAAGACAACUACCUUACAGUUUUUCAUCCGGUCUCCAAUGUGGCCCUGCCAGAACACCGUAAGCGGUUUGAAGUGAAGGCUUUUGCAUUUACCGUGGAUGGUAAUGUAUCGACUAACCUUGUCUACUUCCACUGCAGUGCUCUGAUUUGCAGUAUCCAGUCUCCAGACUAUGCCCUCUGUACAAAGAGCUGUCCGGGUUCUAGGAGGAAAAGAGACGAAUUAUUUUUGAACAGACAUUCCAUGCUGGCCAGUCUUCCUGGACCAUUACUGUUUGUGGACUCUGAUCCUGCUAUGGUCCUCCAAGACGAGUCCAAUGUCAUCGAACAGAUCACUCUUGGGGUCCUGCCUGCCUUUGGUAUCGUCGCGCUGGUUGUCCUGGCAGUCGUGCUUCUGUCACACAAAGCAAAACCUUAAACUGUAUUUUCUUUGAACUGUAAAAAAAAUUUGUAAUAAAAUAUUUGAAACCCUUGAA